AUGGCACGCUUCAACACAGGUAGCAACCAGAGAGAGGGCAUCCACAGCGGGCAGCCCAGCUUGGCCGCACACACCACCUCACCUACCGGGUCAUCACUGCAGGCCAGGAAGGUGGCCCUGGAGGGCAGGCAGUCAGGGGGCAUGGCCAGCAGCACCCCGAGCCCCAAGCCCAGCUUCCUGAAGGGUGCUGCCUCCAAUGCGGGCGCUGCAGAGGAGAAUGCUGACCAGGAGUUCCCCAAGCCAAAGUCCCUCGUCAGCAGGGUCCAAAAUGCCAAUGAGGGCAGGAAGCCCCCUUUCCCCAAGCAGCCACCGCUCAAACCCAAGCCCCUGGAGGCACCUCAGGACAACAUCCCAAAACCAGCUUUCCCCAAAGUCCCGCUGAAAAAGCCCUCUGUGGGUAACAUUGUGAUGGAUGCCACACCCCCCUUCCCCAAACUGCCCCCUACCCAGGCCAAACCCUCACCUGUCACAGAUGACCCUAAUUGUGAAGAUGGCGGGGAUGGCAGUGUCCCAGGCCCUUCCAAAAUGCCCCCUCUCCCAAAACAGAAGAGCUCAAUCAAGACGAUGCAAGCCCAGCUGAACAAGAGGGGUGCAGAGGAGUCUGGAGGAGUCAAAUCGAUCCCUGGUUUGGGCCGGAAACCCUCAGGAUUUCAGGCCUCUCAGAGUGUUGUGCACCAGGAUGAUGGCAGUGAGGAUGGGAUGGAGGGAGGUGUAAAAAGCAUGAACUCACAUACCCCUGCGGCCCCGAAGCCCAUCUUUACAGCACAGAAACCUGGCUUUGUGAGGAAGCCCCUGGGAUCCACCUCACAGAAUGAGAGCGAUGACCCCUCAGCCCCCAAGAAGAUAUCUUUGCCCAACAUUUUUGCCCUGGGCAGCCCUCCCCCCAAACCAAACAGACCCCCCUUUGUCAGCCUGGAAAAGUUCCGGAAUGAUGCAGAGUCCAUGAGUGAGGAUCCUGGGACGAAGACGGGUCCUUUUCCACCUCCUCCUCCUAAUGCCUCUCACCCCGUCAACCAUGUGGCCCCGCCCCUGGCCUCUCAUCCUGCCGCCCCUAGCCUCCCCCCUCGACCUCCUGGACCCCCCACCCAGCCUGAAGAGGAGAGCUAUGAUGAUGUAGGGGUCAUGAACUCCCCCCCUCCCCCACCCCCUGCAGGACACCCUCGCCAGAAACUAGAGGAAAGCGGAAGUGACGGGGAGAUGUACGAGGACCUAGACGAGAGAUGGGCUGCAAAGGAGAAAGAAAAGACCAAGAAACAAGACAAGGAAGAAAAGAAGCGGCUGGAGCAGGAGAAGAAAGAGCAGAAAGAGAAAGAGAAAAAGGAACAGGAGAUCAGGAAGAGGUUCAAGCUAACGGGGCCCAUCCAGGUGAUUCACCAGGUGAAGGUUCGGGUGGACUGCAAAGGGGGCAAGAAUGACCUCUCCCUGAGCCAAGGCGACCUCAUCGAGAUUGUGCGCACAACGGACAACCCCGGGGGGCGCUGGCUCGGCCGAAAGCAGGAUGGCUCCUAUGGCUAUGUGAAGAUCGAGUGUGUGGAGAUCAACUACGACAUCCUGAAGCGCCAACAAAAGGGGGCUUUGCUCCCGGGUCAGGAGGGCGACGGGCCAGAGCUGUACGACGACGUUGGCAUCCCAGAAAACACUUGGCUUAAAGGCAAAGAAGUGGCACCAUACCCAUUGCCUGAGGAUGGUGAUAUCUAUGAUGAUGUGGAGAACCCAAGUUCCAGGACACCUGAGGGCCCUUCUAACACAACAUGCGAAGAGAUCUAUGAUGACGUUGACUCACAGGGCUUCCCCCCUCCUCCACCCAUCAUCAGUCUUCCACAGAUGAAGUCAAAGGAAAAGGUAGAGGAGAGAGACCCCAAGAAGCAAAAAAAGUUUGAGAAGGAGGAGAAGGAGUUCAGGAAGAAGUUCAAAUUUGAGGGUGAGAUUCAGGUGCUCUACCAAGUGAACAUUGUCUCCACGUUGACCACUAAGAAAUGGGGAAGUAAAGACCUGCCACUAAAACCGGGAGAGAAGAUUGACAUCAUUGUAAAGCUCAUUGACAACAAGUUGAUUGGGAGGAAUCAGGAUGGGAAAAUUGGCUAUGUUUCAACCAGCAACAUCAUGGCAGAAGAAAGUGACAUCUAUGAUGAUGUUGGUGAAGAAUGCAUCUAUGACAACGACUGA